AUGACCAAUGUGUGGAACUUUCACGUUGCCUGUGAGGACAUUCAUUCAGUCAAUCGGACAUCCGCGUGUGGCCACGCCCUGGUCUCCGCGCUGCCGAAGAAAUGGAGGGGCGGGUCGAGGUGCCACCGAAAUGCGAGCAGAUGGAAAGACGGGAGGCUUGAAGCUGGUGUGGUUUUGCAGGUCGUCUCCCAGUCGAAUGACGGCUGCACCUGCCGUGAGGGCACUUUCAGAUUCUCGAACGCCUCUGCAAAUGAGCCAUUCGACUUCGGGGAAUGCCGCACGUGCGACGGCGAGGACAUGGUGCCAUCUGUCACGGGCCGCUACUGCGUCCAAUGUGAUGGGACGUCUGGCACUGAAGGAAUCCUCGAUGGUGGUUUUCGGGUGGGGAACGACGAAAGAUGGCAGCCAGCGAUCAAGUCAGGAGACACCUGUGUGUGUGCAACGCCUGUGGCCAACUCAGUCGUAACAGAGUACGGCAUCCAUGGGACACCUUUCACCUCCAAUGGUGUGCUGGUGAUGCGCUGUUUAGUGUGCCCUGAAGGGACCAUUGUGCACGAUGGGCGUUGCACAGCAUGCAGGCACCCAACAGUGCUGACUGCAGAUGGACAGUGCUCAUGUGGAGAUAUUGUUCCAUGCUUUGAGGAAGGGAAGGAGAUCCAAUAUAUUGCAGAUGAGCUAAAUAUUUUCGCGCAAGGCAGUCUUCAACUCUGUGCCCGAUGUGUUUGGGAAGGCUGUACGAGUGCAGGUUGA